UCUUUCACAUUACACUCAAAUACACUGGUUUUGUUCGAAACAAACCAUUUGAGGAAGAGCAUCUCCUAGCUCAUAUCACUCACAUCACAUUCUUGCAAAACCCAGAUAGGAUUUAGGGUUUCUUACAAUGCUGGCAGCUUGAAUGUUUCAGUUCUGUGCUGUUCCGGGCUUCAUUGUGAGAAAAGGACUAAUGGGUCGGAAUGUCUUGGUGUUUGGUCUCGCCAUUUUGGUUCUUUUUGGAGGCGUCUCAUCAGCUGCUCCUACUGCUCCAGCAAAGAUUGUCAGUGGGGUUUUUUCAAAUGCUGCUUCUGCUUUUAUGAAAUGGCUGUGGUGGCUGUGGUCACUCAGAGCAACAUCCAAAACAGCGAUUUCUGGCCGUCCGUUGAUGAAGUAUGAGAGUGGGUUUAAUGUGGAGACAGUGUUUGAUGGAAGCAAGCUUGGGAUUGAGCCUUACUCUGUUGAGGUGUUGCCCAGUGGGGAGCUUCUGAUUUUGGAUUCUGCUAAUAGCAACCUUUAUAAGAUCUCUUCCGCUCUGUCUCUCUACAGCAGACCAAAGCUGGUUACAGGAUCCCCUGAAGGGUACUCUGGACAUGUAGAUGGGAGGACCAGAGAGGCAAGAUUGAACCACCCGAAGGGGCUUACAGUUGAUGACAGUGGAAACAUUUAUAUUGCAGACACAAUGAAUAUGGCAAUCAGGAAGAUAAGUGAUGCUGGGGUUACAACAAUUGCUGGAGGGAAACAGGGAAGUGGGGGAAGCCAUGUGGAUGGACCAAGUGAGGAUGCAAAGUUUUCUGAUGACUUCGAUGUGGUUUACAUUGGAAGCAGCUGCUCCUUACUCGUCAUAGACAGAGGAAAUCAAGCAAUCAGGGAGAUCCAACUCCAUUUUGAUGACUGUGCUUAUCAGUAUGGAAGUGGUUUUCCCCUUGGGAUUGCAAUGCUAGUGGGUGCUGGCUUCUUUGGUUACAUGCUAGCAUUGCUACAACGCAGAGUUGGUACAAUUGUCUCUUCCCAAAAUGACCAAGGCCCAAUGAAGACGAGCAUUCCUCCAAGUCCAUACCAGAAGCCUCUGAAAUCAGUCAGGCCACCUUUGAUUCCAACUGAAGAUGAGCAGGAGAAGCAAGAAGAAGGCUUCUUUGGAUCGAUUGGGAAGCUUUUGGUCAAUGCUGGGGCAUGUGGUGCUGAAAUUCUGGGAGCAAUAUUUCCUGGUUUUAGAAAAAAGCAUCUAAACUAUCAAGACCAAAUUCAGGAGCAGCAGCAGAAGCAUUCAAAUUCUUGGCCUGUGCAAGAUAGUUAUGUGAUACCAGAUGAGGAUGAGCCCCCUUCUAUUGAAACCCGAACCCCCACCCCACGCAAAACCUACGCAUUCAUGGCCAAGGAUGCUGAAACAAUGCAUCAGUUGCGGCAAAGCCGAGUUUUCUAUAAUGGGUGGGAUGAUAUUCAGCAGCAGCAACAGCUGCAAAAACAACAACAGCAUUAUCAUCGUUACCAAUCAUCAAACCCCAAUACUUUCUAUGAGCAGAGUUGUGAAAAAACCACUGAGAUUGUGUUUGGUGAAGUUCAGGAGCAGGAUGGGAAGGGUGAAGCUGUGGUCAUAAAGCCUAUUGAUUAUGGAAAUCCCAUGUUUAAUCAUUACAGUUUUACCUCCCAAAUCAAUCCUAGGGGUUAUACCUAUGGCUAUUGAUCAUAUAUACGUAAGAGAGGCAUAUAGACAUAGUUUUGAUCUUAUUUGAUCUUUCAUAUAAAUCUUUCAAAUUUUAGGUUAUAGGUGGUAUCAAAUCAUUCUCUGAUUUCCAUGUGGAGAAUUUCAGUCCUGGAGGUAUCUCAUUCUGGUCGACAUAUUGAAGGCCUUUGUUCAAGAAUAUUGCCCCUCUUACAUAAUUUCUUUCAUAAUUCAAGGAGGUGGUCUUCUCUGAUGCUUUAUUAGAUAUAUUGUUAUAUCGCUUUCCCCGUUUCCUUGCAAUCAAAUUGCAAAAAGUGAUAUGGCGAAUACCCUUAAGAAUCAGCCUCAAGAGUUUGAGUCAUCAGAUGAAAUGUUUUUCACGUUU